AUGAAAUUUGGCGCACAGAUUCUCGAUAGGUCCGUUCCAGAAUGGAAGUAUUACAACAUCGAUUAUAACUUGGUGAAGAAUAAUAUUAAACGAAUCACGACUUUUGAUCAAGGUUCUAAUAGAGACGAGUCUGGGUUUAAGGACAGCCUGAACCAAUUGAAAUCUCUAUUUGCUAACCAAUUACAAACUAUCAACUUGUUUGUGUCGUUGAAACUGAAAGAGAUUACAAAUAGGUUAUAUUCCAUCGAGAAUUAUUUAUCUUCAUCUAAGAAGACUAAUUAUAGAGGUAAAUAUAGACAUGAAUUAAAUCAGUGUAAUUCAGAGUUACAAAAAUUAUCAAGGUUUUUAAUUUUGCAAAAAAUUGCUAUUAGAAAAUUAUUUAAGAAAUUGUUGAAAUAUACUCCUGUUGAAUAUAAACAACUGUCUUUAAAGGCGAUCAAUUCUAUAAAGCAUUCUUCUGAAUAUACUGUUGGCUAUGAAGGUAUUACUUUCAGCAACUUACAAUUAGAUCCGUAUUUGCAAGAGAUAUCUGUCAUUCUGGAGCAAGUAGAGUCAGAUUCAUGUGAUACCAAAUUGAAUAAGAAACCUUCAUUGAAUUCAUUGUUGAAAAAUAAUCCUAUUAAUCCUUCAUUGCAAUUCGAUUCACUUUUCUUAACUGAUUCGAUCCCCAUUCAAAGGUUGAUUAUAUCUUCAGAAGAUAUUCAACAAUUCAAAUUUAUCUUAUUAGAUAACAAUUUCCAAUUUUUAAAUAACUCAGAUUCGCUUGUUUCUCAAUUGUUACAAAAUAAUUCCAAAGAUGAUCUGUUGAGGCAAUGGGGGAAUAAUAAUUCAUUAAAUUUGUUUCCCAAUAUGACUCAAAAAGUGAAUAAUGACUCUAUAGUCAUGUGCAAUGUCGGUGGCAUCAAAGAUCACCUUAUUACUACAAACUCUAAAAUUUAUGAAAUGCUAUCACGAGGUACUUCAUUAGAGACUACUACUAGCACUACUACUACUAACAAAAAAGAUCAAAUUAUCAUGGAUUUUAUCAAGAAAAAUAAUUUAAAAUUAUCCACAUUGAAAAUCACUUUCCAAAGAUCAAGGUUUGUUUCUACAUCAUUAGACCAACCAUAUUUACUUGUAAUCGAUUCAAAUAUUACCAUUCAAGAUGAUUCAAUAGACUAUUUAAGGGACUGUAUAUUAUUGACUGAGGAUUCCUUUGUGGAAAUUAAAAAAUUAAAUAAAAAUAUUAAUAUUAAUAUGAACGUUAAUAAUAAUAAUAAUCAUAAUAAUAAUGAUUCUACAGUACAAAAUCAACACUUGACUUUAUGUACACAAACAUCUAUUAAUGACAAUUCAAAUAUUCAUAAAAUUAUGGAUCUAUUGAACAAUAAUGAUAAAAUACAAUGCUUCCCAUUACAAGAUAAUGAUUCUUUAUGGAAAAUUGUUCUUCUUUUCAAUUCUUCAUUUAAAGGUCCUAAAAAUUCAAUAGAUUCUGUUAAAAAGAAUUUCUUUCAAGUACUUUUAAAUGAUAAAUAUAUUAUACCACAAAAUGAAACUUUAUCGAAUUCAGAAUUUUUCCAAUUAGGUAAUCAUUUUUUCAAACAAGAUGUUUGUAAAAAAUAUAAAUUGCCUGGUAAGAAUAAGUUAAGUACUAAUCCAACUUCAUAUUCCAGUUUAAAAAUUAAAACUAAACUAAAACAAAAACCAAUUUUUAAACAGACGACUCGAUAUUGGAAUGAAUUCGAUGAUGGUGAUGAUUAUUCCUCUUUUGAUAAUUCCAGUCAGUUAGAAAUCCAAGUAAAUGGUUAUCAAGAUAAAGGUUUUAUUGUCUUUAAUAAGACUUUUAUUAAGAAAAUGUAUAAUUUAGGGUUAACUGUGAGAAAAUGCUUAGGAAUGAAGAAUAAUAAUAAUGAAAUUUAUAAACGGUUAUUAAAUGAAAAUCUAAAUCGAAAUAAAGUAGUUUCAAAUUCUUUACAAAGAAAAUCAAUGUCAACACUUUCUACUUCCUCUUCUCCACUUUUAACAAUAUCGGGUUAUGAUCAUUUGAAUUACGGUUCAACAAGUACUAAUAAUUCAAGGACAAAUUCACCAAUAGAUGACACUACCAUUAAUUCUGCAAUUAACAAUACCAUUAUAAAUUCAAAUUUUAACUCUACAGUUGGUACUAUAGUAAAUUCUAAUACUAGCACUAAUGCUAAUAAUUACAAUAAUUGUAAUAACAAUACUCGUACUAAUUCAACUUCGUUUACUCAUGAUAACUCAUUAGCCAAUAAUCGUACAAAUUCAAGUUUAUUUAUUAACACCAAUUCUUUUGCUAAUAACAUUAAUAGUAAUUCUUUUGUAUCUACCCGUAAUAAUUCACUGGGUACCACUCAUAAUAAUUCAAUGUCCAACACUCGUAAUAGCUCAUUUGCACAUUUGGAUUAUUUAACUACAAAUGAAAGCGAAACAGAAACUGAGAAUAACCAAGAUAUACGACAAUUACUACAAUUCAGAGAUCAAGAUAUAGAGGCCUCAGAUGCAGUUUAUGAAUAUAAACAUGAUAAAGUUGUCACUUUCAUGUAUUUAUUUACUCUACUAAUCUCAUGUCUGACGUCUGGUGUUAUUUUGGGUAUUAUCUUAGCUUUAUUUACAGGAGAUGGUUCAACUGAUACAGAUUUAGCUAAUGAAUCUCUACUGAUAACAAUAAUAAUCUCAUCAUUAUUAGUUUCUCUAUUUUUGAGUUCUUUGAGCUUAUUGCUACUGUUCAGUAGAUUUACGCUAGCCCCAAUUUGGCAUUAUAUAGUGGAAUUUACUAUAUUCUUAAGUGUAACGUGCACUGUUUGUUACGGAAUAAUUGAAAUAUUCCUUUAA